AUGGUGCAGCUCGGAGGCGGCCGCAGAGCCCCCUCGCCGGCCCCGUCCGCGCCGCCGGCCUUCAGCAUCGACAGCAUCCUGCAGCCCGGCCCCUGCCGUCCAGCCCGGGAGCAGGGCAUAGCCCACUGCGCGCUGACGGAGGAAGAAGAGGGGCCUGCAGAGCAAGAUUCCAGUAAAGGCUCCAGCAACUCGGGCAGCGAGCCCCGCCGGCUGCAGGCGGAGGGGACGAGCGGGGAGAGCAGCAGGUCGCCGGCCGCGGGCAGCAGGAAGAAGACGCGGACCAUCUUCUCCAAGAGCCAGGUCUUCCAGCUGGAGUCCACCUUCGACGUGAAGCGCUACCUGAGCAGCGCGGAGCGGGCCGGGCUGGCCGCCGCCCUGCACCUCACCGAGACCCAGGUGAAGAUCUGGUUCCAGAACCGCCGCAACAAGCUCAAGAGACAGAUGUCGGCCGAGCCCGAGGGCUCGGGGCCGGCGGAGACUCCCGGGGAGCAGCCUCCUCCAGCCGCUGCGGCGUCUCUCUCCUUCCCGGCCCUUUACAAGGACAGCACCCUGUUCAGCCGCUGCUUGGUGCCGCUGCCCUUCCCCCUGCUCUACCCGCGCAGCGCCAUCCCAUACCUUUGCCUCCCCGGGCCGGGCAAACACUUCAGCCUGGUGGAUGGGGACGUAUAG